AUGUCUCUUCUUCUCAACCUUCCCCACAUCCUUAAAAAGGUCAGAGAAGAACUUGAAACAAAAAUCGGACACGACCGAUUAGUAGUUGAAGAAGACCUAUCCAACUUGCCCUACCUCCACAACAUUAUCUUAGAGACCUUCCGGCUCUUAUCGUCCUCCGACUGCAGAGUCGGGGGAUACGACAUCCCAAGUGGCACUCUCGUAUUCGUGAACGCCCGGGCUACCUACUUGUGGGAGGACGCCACUAGCUUCAAGGGGGCGGAAGUCGAAGCGCAGAGGCUGAUGCCAUUUGGAACGAUGCGGAGGUUGUGCCCCGGGGUGGGGCGGGCACUGGCGGCGAUGGUGCAAUGCUUUGAGUGGGAGAGAGUGGGUUUGGUGGAGGUGGAUUUGGGGGAAGGGGAUGGGCUACCUAUGCCUAAGUUGGUGCCUUUACGAGCUAUGUGUAGGCCAAUGGAGAUCAUGAACAAGUUUCUUGCUGUCAAUGGGAUAAAGAAAGAUAUAGGUGCAACUCAAACAUGAUGAAUAUUCUAGACUAAAAAUCAUACAGUACUGUAUUGCACUGUUGUUUUAUUGUUGUCUAAAUCACAAAUAAUAUUUUGAGUGUUAAGAAAUGACAUAAUUUCGAAUGAAAAAUAAAAUGUUGUUACAAUGUUGUUUGCUUA